AUGUCAGUACAGACAGGAAAUUAUGUCAGGUACAGAUAGAACGUUCCAUGUGGCACAAAGAAGAGGAGACAUUGGGGGAAGUGGCAGCAGAGGAGGGAGACCUGUAUAGAUCACAUGAUGGCACCAAUGAGGAUGGAGGAGGACCGGAGUCACAUGACUGAGAAGAUACUAAACCUCACCCUGGAGAUCAUCUACCUGCUGACCGGAGAGAGAUUUCCUCUUCUGAAGUCAGGUGAUCAUAUGGCCAUCACAGUGCCUCCAUGUGACUCCCUAAACCCUGAGAGACACAACAUGCAGAAGAUUCUAGAAGUCACCAAGAAGAUGAUGGAGCUGCUGACAGGAGAGGUUCCUAUAAGGUGUCAGGGUGUCACUGUCUAUUUCUCCAUGGAGGAGUGGGAGUAUUUAGAAGGACACAAGGAUCUCUACAAGGACGUCAUGAUGGACAAUCAGCCGCCCCUCACAUCACCGGAUGGAUCCAGUCAUGGGAACCCACCAGAGAGAUGUCCCCGUCCUCUGUAUUCCCGGGAUUCCACACAGGAAGGUCACACCAUCCCUCACCAUCAUCAGAGUGGAAUCCUCGGGGAUGAGAAUAUUGAUGUUAAAGAAGAGUAUAAAGAGGAGGAUGAGGAGUAUGGAGUGAUGGAGGAGUUUUCAGAAGGACACAAGGAUAUGAUGGAGCCACCUAAUACCAGGAACCCACCAGAGAGAUGUCCCCAUCCUCUGUAUUCCUGGGAUUCCACACAGGAAGGUCACACCAUCCCUCACCAUUACAAGAGUGGAGAUCCAAUCGAUAUAGAAUUUGAGGUGAAAUCAGAAGAAGAGGCGUAUGUGAGGGAUGAUCAGCAGUCUAUGGAGGAGGAUGGAAUAACGGGGACAUUUAUAGAGGAGGACACUCCUACAGAGAUCAGCACAGUCCAUGGCCGGGAGAUGAGGAGGAAAACCACCGAGGAUUGUCUCACUUUGUCUCCAGACUGGAAAGUAGAAGAUGAGGACAUCACACAGUAUAGUCCAGGAGGAAACCCGGCUCCCUCCAAUAUCCAUCCAGCACCACCCAGUGUAGAUGGACCAUCAGAUUCCUCGUAUCCUGAGGAACCUCAGACUGUGUGGGACCAGGCCGACCCUCCAACAGAGAAGAGCUACUCCUGCACUGAGUGUGGGAAAAGAUUCCAUUCUAAAUCUGGUCUUAAUGUGCAUAAAAGAUCUCACACGGGUGAAAAGCCAUAUUCCUGUCCUGAGUGUGGGAAAUGUUUUUCAAAAGUGUCUCAUCUUAAAACACAUCAGAGAUCUCAUACGGGUGAGAAGCCAUAUUCCUGUCCUGAGUGUGGGAAAGGUUUCCGGUAUAAAUCAGAGCUUAAUGUGCAUGAAAGAUCUCACACGGGGGAGAAGCCGUAUUCCUGUCCUGAGUGUGGGAAAUGUUUUUCAGUGAAGUCCUAUCUUUACACACAUCAAAUAUCUCACAUGGGGGAGAAGCCACAUUCCUGCCCUGAGUGCGGGAAAUGUUUUUUCAGAGAAGUCCAGUCUUUACAGACAUCAGAGAUCUCACACUGGGGAGAAGCCGUAUUGUUGUCCUGAGUGCGGGAAAUGUUUUUCAGACAAGUCCCAUCUUUGCAGACAUCAGAGAUCUCACAGAGGGGGAGAAACCAUAUUCCUGUCUUGAUUGCGGAAAAUGUUUUUCACAGAACUCCAAUCUUCAUGAACAUCAAAGAUCUCACAAGGGGGAGAAGCCGUAUUCCUGUCCUGAGUGCGGGAAAUGUUUUUCUCAGAACUCCAAUCUUUACAGACAUCGGAGAUCUCACAAGAGGGAUAAGCCACUUUCCUGUCCUGAGUGA